UGAUAUAAAAAUUAGAUGCUUAUACAUAUGUUAUACCCCCUGUAUACAGGAUUAUCAAGAAUGACUAGUAUGGUGGUAGAUGGCACCACUAACACUAGUACACCAGUAGCGACUACGUUCAUAACAACGUAUACGGAUCGGGCUCAAAUAGCCCCGUCCAUAUAGAAAUUUUCGUUACAGAAAAACUCGUGCUAUUGUUGCCCUCAAAAUGGUCCAGUAAGAUGUCAAAGAACAUAAACGGGUGAUACCAAGCACAAUUUGGGAGUAUUUUUGAUUAGAACAUUUACAGGCUUUUAUCAACAUGUUUAAAAAAAUGUUCAACAGAAUGAACGGAGUAACUGUAUAUCUAUUCUGGAAUGUUUUAUGAAUCCCUUAUCAAAUAUCAUAAGCAAUUUGCCAUAACCUAUAAUUAAAUCAUCUGUUAUUUUUCAGAAUCAUGUGUUCGAACAGUUUGUUAAAAUUGACGGUUAUUUUGAAGAAUUCAAGGAGUAUAUGUAUUAUAACAAAUAAAUCAACGAGGUAUAUGUCAUCUAACGGCCCCUUAGUUAAUGUGGAUUUUUGCAGUGGAGUGAAAAAAAUUACUAUGUGCGAUCACAAAACUCGCCUGGUAAAACUAUGGGAAGUAAAACGAGACAAUGCGAAUUAUUGAUAGAAUGUGUACGGAAAUGUCAAGUAUUAUACGACAACAGUACUAAAGAAUAUAGUGACAAUGAAUUGAAAAAUAGAAUUUGGGAAAUGGUCGCCAAGGAUUGCGGAUUCAUAACAGGUAACCAAGCGAAAAGUUGCUGGAAAAAUCUUCGAGACGGGUAUAGGCAUGCCCUUAAAGCUGCGAGGUCGAAAAUUGAGGAUCCUACCAAACAACAUAAUUAUAAACCUUGGAAAUUCACGGAACAAAUGAGUUUUUUAAUACCAUUUAUGAAGGAACGCGCCAAGAGUUACAACAUGACUUGGGACAAUGACAUUACAUUUCAGCUUAGUGAGUCACAAGUUGAGCCGGAUAAUGAUACAAUAAGCGAUGUUGUAGAGCAAGAACAUUUCUCUGAUAGUGAUAAUGAAAAACAAAUGUCCAACCACAUGGAAAUUUCGACAGCAUGUGAGAAACAGCCCAAUUUAAGAGAAAACGGCCAGCAACAAACUGAUCAAUCACGAAAGAGAAAAACAGUUGACGAUAGCGAGAUAUUGGAGUUUCUAAAAGAACAAGCAAGGAAACGCGAAGAAAAAUCUGAAGCAAGAAAUCACCCACCACCGGAUAGUCUCAAACUGUUUUUCGAGUCCAUGUAUGAGGCAACAAAGAUUUUGCCGAUACAGCAACAACGAUUUGUAAGGAACACACUUUUUGAUGCAGUUGUAAAGGCUGAAGAUAUUGCUGGAAUUCCUUAUCCAUGGCAAUGAUGGAACAAUUGCUGGAACAUAUCAAAAACGAUACUGGAAACAAAGAACUGAGGGUUAUAGUUUUAGCUGCACCAGGUCCAAUUUUUUCAGCUGGAUACAAUCUAAAAGAACUGGCAGCAGUUUCUGACACAUCGACCCAUCAAGAAGUGUUCAAUUUAGCAAGUGAUCUUAUGACUAGCAUCAUCGAAUGUCCCGUACCAGUUUUAGCACAGGUAGAUGGUUUAGCGGCAGCAGCGGGUUGUCAGUUGGUUGCGCAAUGUGAUAUCGCAAUCUGCACAGAAAACAGCUCUUUCUCAACACCAGGUGCCAACUUUGGAAUAUUCUGUUCAACACCAGGAAUCCCACUGGCUAGAAAAGUACUGAAAUCUACAGCCCUAAAAAUGGUGUUAACAGGUCAGCCAAUUUCUGCGGCAGAAGCAAAAUCUAGUGGACUGGUUACAACAGUUUGCUCAAAAGAAGCCUUAGAUAAAGAAGUUCAAACUACUUGCGACUUCAUCAUUCAGAAAAGCAGAUCUGUAAUCGAGUUAGGAAAGAGAUUUUUCUAUAAGCAAAUCGAUUUAGAGUUGAAGGAGGCUUACGAGCUGGGUGCGAAGAAAAUGGUGGAAAAUUUGGAACUGGCUGAUGGUAAAGAGGGGAUGAAAAGCUUCGUGGAAAAAAGGAAGCCAAAAUGGACACAUAAAUAAUGAGAUGCAAAAUGAUUACUGUUUAUGGUUUCGAAAAUUAUACGUAUUAUUAUAUUUGCUGAAUGUGAAAAAGUGU